AUGUUCCUACCAUGGCUCUUACCAUUUGCAACCCUUUCGACUUUAGUAUCAGCCUCCUGGUACGACGAAGCCGAGGUUGACUGGAACCUGAAUGCCAACAAAAAUGCACAGAACCCUCUUGAGUACUCGAUACCAGACUGGCCAACAGGUUUCACAUAUACUCCAAGUCCUAAGAACUGGCGAGUUCCGUUCUACAGCUUUUUCGUCGACAGAUUUGUCAAUGGCGAUCCGACUAACGAUAAUGCUAAUGGCACGUCUUGGGAGCAUGAUAUAUACGGUACACAGCUCCGGCACGGUGGAGAUAUCAAGGGCUUGGAAGCAUCACUAGACUAUCUCCAUGGCAUGGGCAUUCGAGGGCUGUACCUCGCAGGGAGUGCUCUGCUCAACGAUCCAUGGGCGGCAGACCAAUACAGUCCCUACGACCACACGAUCUUGGACCAUCACGUUGGUACCAUUCAGCAAUAUAGAGAAGCGAUAGCAGCGAUACACGCCCGCGGCAUGUAUGUCAUCUUCGACAACACCAUGGCGACGAUGGCCGACCUUUUCGCUUUCAAGGGCUAUGCGAAUACCAGUGCUCCCUGGUCGUUCACCGAGCAUGUCAUGGAGUAUAAGACGGAGACAAGAUACCGUGACUAUUUGCACUCGAACACAUUCUACAAGGACUGUCCAUUCGAUUACCCACGCUUUUACGAUCAAGGAGGAAACUUGAUCAACGACGUCAAUACUACGAAAAUGAGAGGAUGCAUGGCUGAUAGUGAGUUUGACCAGUUUGGUGAUGUUGGAGCGUUCGGCGUGUAUCCCGAAUGGCAAAAGCAGUUGUCGAAGUUCAACGGUGUACAAGAUCGAUUGAGCGAAUGGAAGCCGGAGGUUUUGGACAAAAUCAAUCAUUUCUCCUGUAUGUUGAUUCAAGGCCUGGAUAUCGAUGGCUUUCGUAUGGACAAGGCGAUGCAGAUCACCAUCGAUCCGCUCGGCAACUUCUCGAAUUACCAGCGAUCUUGCGCAGCACAGGUUGGAAAGAACAAUUUCUUCGUCGUUGGUGAGAUUGUCAACGGCAACACCGAUGGCUCAGUCUACCUCGGAAGAGGCAAGACUCCGGACAUGACGGUAGUCAAUCUGACGAAGGCGGUCACAUCCAAUGAUACGGGAUACAUUCGUGAACCUGGCUAUCAGGCUCUGGACGCUGGCGCAUUCCACUACUCCACCUACCGAGCUCUCAUGCGUUUCCUGGGUCUGGAUGGUGACUUGUUGGCAGCUCAUGAUGCGCCUGUAGAUUUUGCAGACCAAUGGACGGUCUUCAUGAUGUCGAACGAUCUAGCCAAUGCCAACACUGGUGAAUUUGAUCCUCGACACAUGUAUGGCGCUUCGAAUCAGGAUGUUCUCCGCUGGCCGGGCCUGACCAACGGUACCGAGAGGCAGCUCCUAGCAGAUUUCGUGAUCACUCUUUUGAUGCCUGGAAUCCCGUUGGUCAGCUGGGGCGAAGAGCAGGCAUUCUACACAUUGGACAGCACAGCCAGGAAUUAUGUCUAUGGUCGUCAGUCGAUGUCUUCUGCUCAAGCCUGGCAGAUGCAUGGGUGUCACGUGGUGCCGGACGACAAUUUGAACAACGCGCCGUUCAACAGCUCCCACACCGCUUGCCAAGAUGACGGCGUUAGUCUCGAUCACCGCGACCCUUCGCAUCCGGUUUAUGGUGUGCUCAAGGAGAUGUUCGAGAUGCGCCAGCGCUACCCUGUGCUCAAUGAUGGUUGGCGAUUGACGGAGAUUUCCAAGCAAGCCUGGAAUUACACACUUCCUGGCUCUUUUGGCGUACCCACCGAGACUGGACUGUACAGUGUACUACGUGGGCGCUUAGAGCAUGUUCAGGACCUCAGCUCUGAAGGGGUUUACGGAAACCAGCCGGUGUGGUUGGUAUACUCCAACUACAACGACUCCAAGACCUACGAAUCAGACUGCACAGCGGACGACGCUAUUAUUGCGCCGUUCGACGCCAACACCACUGUGAAGAACCUGUUCUACCCUUUCGACGAGUAUUUCUUGGAGUUUUCGGGCAUACAGCUUGGUAUCGAGGGUUCAAUUAACUCGAACGGUUGUCUCCAAUCUCUCAACAUGCCAAAAUACGGUUGGAAAGCAUUCGUACCUAAGAAAGCUUGGAUGGCACCCUCUCCCGUCAUCACAAAGAUGCUGCCAGGGCAUGAUGCUCGCAUCAUUUCGAACACGACCGCCGAUCAGUCCAGCUCCGUCGAUAUCGAGAUUCGGUUUUCUGGUGAAAUGGACUGCGAUAGUUUCCGGAACGCCUUCACUGUGAACUCUACUACGGAGAGUGGGCAGCAGGCAAACUACGAUUCUAGCCAGGUUGGUUGUCUAACCAUUGACCCACAGAAUGAGGCUUAUUAUUAUGGGCCAUCUCCAUCCAUCUGGCGUGCUCAGAUCACGUUGACCAAUGUCUUCGAUGGCGUACACAUGAUCAAUAUCAACAACGUCAGCAGUUCCGACAAAAACUCAUCCACAAAUUCUAUCGACCACUUCAUGUUUCGUGUUGGCCAAGUGGAGAACCCGAUCGUGUUUCCUUUCCUGGCCAACUACAGCAGCUCUCUGCUUUUCAAGGGCGCUACCAGCAAGCGCGACGACACCACUUUGGACUUUUCCGGACUCUACGUCAACCACAAGGCUGCAGGAGCAGAUAUGUGGCGUUACACUCUGACCUUCGGCGCUAGCUGGUCGAACUGGAUGACUUACACUCCUGGCAAUGCAACUCUGGACAAGCAAUCCUGGGAGGGCAGUCGUAGAAAGUCUUGGGAGGGUGACCAUGUGCAGGUGCAGUACUGGUCCUCUUUGGCGGGUAGCAGUGAUCAUCUUGUCGAAGGUGAUCUGGCUGAUAGCAAGGGACCGGAACGUCGCUUCCCGCAUUUAUUCAUGCAUGGGCCAUUCAACCAAUAUGGCUUCGACUCUGGUAUCAAGAACGAGAUGCAUCAGCUUGAGAACGGCUCGUGGGCAUUCGACUUUAUGGACGAGUGGCCUUCGCAGUUCCAGGUCAAUGUCUGGGGCAUGACUGAGGACGGGCAGCCUGAUAUAAGCUACGCUUACGGCGAUGUCGACAACGACACAGUGCUCGAUCGCAUUUCGCCAACCUCUCUUCAACAGCUGGUAACAAACAUUACCAAUCUGGGCCCACAAUCGCCUUACCUCUCGUGGCGCAUCCAGUUCAACGAUGCUGAUCUUCGCUACUACCUGAUCCCGAUCGGUAACAGAUAUAUUCAGCUUAUUUUGUGGUUACUUUUCAUCAUAGUACCAGUCUGCUCUGCUGCUCUGGGUAUUAUGCUCUACAUGCAAGCCUUCUACGGAGUCAAGUUUAACCAGAUCGGUCUGCCUGCGGAGAAGAAAGGCAUUCUGCCUGUGGCAAUGCGAAAAGCUUUUCAUUUGAGUGAGAAGGACGACGAAGCAGAAGUUCCCCGAGCUCUGAGUCCAAUGAUCGGUGAUCGCAGCAGCAAUGGGAGUGGCAGCAUAAUUCGCGAUGAUUUCACUGCUGGUGCUAUCGUAGAUGGGAAGAGACGCACGGUGCUGAUCGGCACUAUGGAGUACGAUAUCGAAGACUGGAAGAUCAAGGUUAAGAUCGGUGGUCUUGGUGUGAUGGCACAAUUGAUGGGCAAGAAUUUGCAGCAUCAAGAUCUCGUCUGGGUCGUACCAUGCGCCGGCGGCAUCGAUUACCCGGUCGAUACUCCUGGCCUGCCCAUCGAUGUGACUAUUCUUGGUCGCACUUAUGAGGUACAAGUCCAAUACCACAAGUUGAACAACAUUACUUACAUGCUCCUCGACGCUCCUGUCUUCCGUCGACAGACACAGAAAGAGCCAUACCCGGCACGUAUGGACGACUUGGACAGCGCCAUCUACUACUCGGCCUGGAACCAGUGCAUUGGCGAGGCUAUGCGUCGCUUCCCAAUCGACAUUUACCACAUCAACGAUUAUCACGGGACCGUGGCGCCGUUGUACCUGCUUCCAGACACGAUUCCUUGCUGCUUAUCGCUCCACAACGCAGAAUUUCAAGGUCUGUGGCCGAUGAGGAAUCCUAGGGAAGUGGAAGAGAUUUGCUCAGUGUUCAAUCUUCCCGAAACCGUAGUCCAGCGCUACGUCCAAUUUGGUGAAGUUUUCAACCUGCUGCACGCUGGUGCCAGUAUCCUCAGGAUUCACCAAAAGGGCUUCGGCGCCGUCGGUGUGAGCAAGAAGUACGGCAAGCGUUCCUGGGCUCGUUAUCCCAUUUUCUGGGGUCUGAAGAGAAUUGGCGCUUUGCCCAACCCUGAUCCAUCUGAUGUGGCGGAGUGGGACAAGAAGGUCGCGGACCCGAACAGUAUCGAGAUCGACCAAGUCUUCGAAAGCGGUCGCGCUGGACUGAAGCGACAAGCACAAGAGUGGGCGGGUCUUGAACAGCGGGCAGAUGCUGAUCUGUUCGUCUUCGUCGGGCGUUGGUCCAUGCAGAAGGGUAUCGAUCUCAUUGCAGAUGUCUUCCCUGCUGUUCUGGAACAGUAUCCUCACACUCAACUGAUCUGUAUUGGACCUUGCAUCGACUUGUACGGCAAGUUCGCUGCCCUCAAGCUCGACAAGAUGAUGCAAAAGUACCCUGGUCGUGUGUACUCGAAGCCCGAGUUCACUGCACUUCCUCCUUUCAUCUUCAGCGGUGCCGAGUUCGCUCUCAUCCCUAGUCGUGAUGAGCCUUUCGGGUUGGUUGCUGUCGAGUUCGGACGUAAGGGUGCACUUGGUGUUGGUUCUCGCGUUGGUGGUCUUGGUCAGAUGCCUGGUUGGUGGUACACCAUCGAAUCCACAACCACAAAGCAUCAGAUGCACCAGUUCAAGAUGGCUAUCAGUGGUGCAUUGAAGUCCAGCUACGAGACUCGCGCAUUGAUGAGAGCUCGUUCGGCCAAGCAGCGUUUCCCUGUCGCCCAGUGGAAGGAGGAUUUGGAGAUCUUGCAAGGCACGUCUAUCAAGAUUCACAAGAAGCGUAUGGAGCACAUUUCCAUGAGACGCAUGGGCCUUGAUACUGGCAGCGCUGCCUCUAGCGGCUGGAACACACCCAAUUUGCCUGGUUGGAUGACACCUCGCAGUGGCUGGGCCACACCGACCGGUGCUCUCACACCUCGAGGAGCCAGCACACCCGUGCACAGCCGACCAGGCACAAGGAGCAGCUCACCUGUACCAAGUGGUGCGACGACACCAACCAACGGUGCUCUCACCCUUGGUAUGCGAGUCGGACCUGGUCACUCGCCACCAAACUCAAGAAGCAAACUCCCUACUCAAGGUCCCAGCUCGCAAGCCACAUCUCGACGUAACUCCUACGAGGAGGAAGAGCGUGCACGGCGACCAAUGGGUCGGGAUGAGGUCGAAUAUAUCACCCAAGAGCAUGCUGAAGAAGCCAAGAGACAAUCACGCAUUGGUGGUAUCACAGGCCUCAACUUCGACUUGCGUGAUGGCACGAAAGCGCACCAGCCAGCUGCGCCUGCAAAGGCUGCGGGUCUUAGCCCAUACUCUCAGGCGGGUCCUCAGAACACCUCCAGACCGACACAGAACUUCUCGUUCUUGACCCAUCCACACUCACCGAUUCCGGAGGAGCCUAUGACGCCAAGCGGCUACAGUACACCUACCGCAAGUGGCUAUCAAACGCCCCUCUCGACCGAGCAGGUUAUGGACGAAAAGGGAGACGACCAGCAGGAUCUCAUGCCGUUCUUCACCGAUCCUACAGGCCUAUACUUCAAGACAUUCGAGAAGAAGUUAGACGAUCUCAGCGGCAAGACCUCUGAAAGUCAACUCUGUAUUGAGACGUAUCUGGAGAAGUCCGAGAAGCAAUGGUUCAACCGUCUCCACGUCGCCAAGAUGAGCCGUGCCAAUACACCUGGUGGUGGCGCAUCUGCCGUUGCCACGCCCGCAGGCUCGAUCUACGAGGGUGUAGAGACCGACGAACCGAUGUCGCAAUUUCUGCUGCCUGACAACUACAAAGCGCCCACUGGACUCAAGCGCACGAUGCAGUACAAGGUUGGCGAUUGGCCACUGUACUCCUUUCUCCUGGCACUCGGACAGAUCCUGGCUGCCAAUUCAUACCAGAUCACCUUGCUCUCGGGCCAGAUCGGUGAGACCGCAACUCAGCUUUACGUCAUUGCCUCGAUAUACCUCGCGACAACGCUGAUCUGGUGGUACAUGUUCCGACGACUGGCUGCGAAGUGGUGCUUGAGCUUACCGUUCAUGUUCUACGGCUUGGCUUUCUUCCUCCUUGCUUGGGCACCUUUCGCGAGUGGCACGACGAGAGGCUGGGUACAAAAUGUUGCGACGGCUAUGUACGCUGUAGCAUCCUCGUCUGGCUCUCUGUUCUUCGCUCAGAACUUCGGGUCGACUGGUUCCGCGCCAGUCAAGGACUGGGCUUUCCGCGCUUGUGCUAUUCAGGGCACGCAGCAACUCUAUGUCGUUGCUCUUUGGGCCUGGGGUGACAAGCUCACUCGUACUGCCGCAGCGGGUGGUACUCAAGAUCUCGGCUACGCCCUCACUGGCCUAGGUCUGCCGAUUGCUAUCUUCCUCUGGGUCGUCGGCUGGAUCCUGCUUCAAGGACUUCCUCAGUUCUACAACCAGAAGCCAGGUGCCGUACCCGACUUCUACACUGCCAUUCUGCGGAGGAAGAUUGUGCUCUGGUUCUGGGUUGCGGUCUUCAUCCAGAAUAUAUUCCUGUCUGCACCAUACGGCAGGAACUGGGCCUAUCUAUUCUCCAGCAAACACGUCCCUGGCUGGGGUAUCUUCUUGCUCGUGCUACUCUUCUUCGUCGUCAUCUGGGCGGUCGUGCUCUGGUACUUUUCGAAGCUAUCCACGACCCACUCUUGGUUCUUGCCAUUAUUUGCUGUCGGACUCUUGGCGCCUAGAUGGGCUCAGAUAUGGUGGAGUUGCUCGACUCUGGGCGCUUACUUGCCCUGGGCUGGUGGCCCUGUGGGAUCUGCUAUCCUUAGCAGAAUGCUCUGGUUGUGGCUUGGUCUGCUUGAUAAUUUGCAAGGUGUUGGUAUUGGUAUGCUGCUUUUGCAGACAAUGGUCCGUGGCCACGUUUCCUGGGCUCUCAUGGCCGCGCAAGUCAUUGGCUCUGUCGCGACUAUCAUCGCAAGAGCAGACGGCCUCAACUCGGUCGGACCUGGCCCUACAUUCCCAGACAUCACCUCCAACCUCAGCGGCCUCGCCAAUGCCUGGUUCUGGAUCUGCCUCAUACUCCAACUCACCAUUCCCGUCGGCUACUACACUUUCUUCCGCAAAGAACAACUUGCGAAACCCUGA